CGGGAGAGAAAGGUAAGUGGGAGGGGCCUACACACCCACCCCUUCAGUGUGAACACGCCCCUUUCCUCUCCACUUGCUGGAUCCGGGUAAACGUUCCCAGACACAGCAGGUGCAGCUGAGAGGUAUUCUCUUGAUGGAUUCCAUGCUUUGACUGUCUCCAUAGAAGGAGAGUGCAUACCCUUAGGGCAGCAGGGAGCUUCUUUCCCAGGAACAUGGAGCACUUAGGGUCUCGAAGGAGGAUGUCUCCCAGUAUGAGGACGAGGAUAGGACACAGAAAGGUCCAAAGAACCCCACCUUCAACCCUCAUUGCUGAACCAGAUGAAAUGAUGGGGAAAGCUCAUGAACUCUUCCAGCUUUGUGACAAAGAAGAUAAAGGAUUAAUUACCAAACGAGAUCUUCAGCGAUUGCAGAAUGAGCUACCCCUCUCCCCGGAGCAAUUAGAAGCUGUUUUUGACAGUCUGGACCAAAGCAACAAUGGCUUCCUCACUCCUGUGGAGUUCAAUAUGGGACUUGGGAAGCUACUGGGGGUAAAUAUUUCUCAUGAAGAAGAAAAGGAGAAUUCUAUGAUGGAGGAGACCUUUGAGUCUGGUUGGUCAGAUGGAGCUGAUGAGGAGGAUGAUGCAGAAGAGAUGCUGUUCUGUGCAACCAUGGAACACCUUGGUGCAUCACGGAUAUUCCAGGAACAUAAAGAGAUCCGAGAUUUGUGGAGCCGUCUUCGCAAAGAACGCCCAGAGCUUCUAUCACAUUUUGAGGAAUUUCUAUAUCGGGUUUCCUCCUAUAUCCGGGAUGUGCAUCAUGAAAAAGACACUUUGGAGCAGGCUCUAAAAAGGAAAGACACGGACCAUGGACGGGAGGUGAGAUGUUUGUAUGAGGAGAUGGAGCAGCAGAUCAAGAUAGAGAGAGACCGGCUGCUUAAAAAGGAUGUGUCCAGGGAACAUGACCGACACACAGCUCUGCAGAAGGACCUUGUCAGAAAGGAGCAGGAGCUAGAGGGCAUUGUCCUGCGGCAGAAACAGCUUGAACACCAAUUGCAGUCGUUGAACAGUGAACAACUGCAGACACGAGUUCAAAAUGACCAACUAAGGCAACUAAAUGACGAUCUCGUGGAGCAGUUGGAGAGAACCAAGGGUCAAUUAGAGAGAUCACAUGACAAUCUUGAGAGAUUGAGAAAACAGGAGCAGGAGGUAGAAAAAUGCAAGAAAAGGGAUGCAUUUAAAGUCUCCAGGAAUAUGCAGAAAGAGAAACAGAGCCUCCUUCGACAACUUGAACUUCUCAGGGACAUAAACAAGAAGUUACGGGAUGAAAAGGACGUGUUUGAAACAACAAAGUUAAAUACUUUAAAGCAAUCCCUUACAGAGCCCAUAGCCCUGCCAGGCUGCUGCUGCUGCUCACAUUACUCAUCUCGCCUAUCUUGUCAUUCAUGUCACUGAUGGGGCCCAACCUCUCACUCUGUACAUAAAGAUUUGUAGUAUAUUUCAAUAGAUUUUUAUUUUAGGGAUCAUCAAGCUGUGUGUCUCCUACUGCUCAGCUACAGCUUCCAACAUGCCCUGACAGCUGUUACACAGGGGAUGCUGGGAAAUGUAGUUAAGAAGCAAAAGUUGCACAGUGUGAAGACCUGUGUGUUAUAUGAAUGUGUAUGUAUAUAUAAAUAUGUAUAUAGGUUCUGUGUGUGCUUGUGUAUUCACUAUAACAGUGUGUGUGUGUUGUGCAGGACUGUGACAAGUCUUUUUAGAUCAAAGCUAUAACAGAAGAACUGAACUGAGCAAUUUAAAUGAAUGAGUGAAUUAUACAAUGUGAAAUGACUAUAUUGAACACAAAGUCUGUAUUUAUAAUAAAAUCUGACUGUUGUGAAUGGA